AUGAGUAAAUCAAUAGUUUAGUCAUUACUCUAUUGUGGCUUUUACGCUAUAUGUUCUAUUUGCUUCUCUCUUUCAGCUAAAAAUCUCUUUAGAACUCAUAAUUUUUAAAAUAUCGGAAUCCUUCUUCUGUUUGAAUCAUUUGUAAAUGUAGUUAUUUGCUCAAUUAUUAAUGUGAUAUAAAUAUUCUGUAGAUCUAGCAAUACAGUCGUAAAACAUAAACUAGAGAAGGAGAAAUAUUAAUUAAGUUUAGGACAAAAACAAAACUACAAAGAAAUUAUGCACAAAUAUUUAAUGACAUUGAUGUUUUCAGGUCUCUAUCUCUCAAAUGUCCUUUUUGGAUUGAAAGCCUUUCAGUUCAUCCCUAUUCCACUAUUUCUUACGAUAAGAAGAACUUUGAUUUUCUUUAUAUAUCUUGUCAAUAUUAUAUUUGUGGCUCAAACUAAUAAUUAAAUUACAAAUAAAUAGAAAAUAUCUAUUCUUUUAAUCACCUUAGGAGCAAUUGUAGCUGGAAGUGAUAAAAUGAAUACAAAUUUGUUAGGAUUCUCAUACUGCUUUUUGAAUAACAUCUUUUCAGCAUGUCUGCUCUAACUAGCAAAGUAUUUGAAAGACAAAAGCAACAUGACCCCUUUCUAACUGGUCUAUAACAACAGUAUUAAUACUUUGCCGCUUUUAGUUAUUUAUUGUUUGAUUACCAACGAUGGUCAAGAGUUCAUCUAAGCCUUGCCAACUUUUCCUCCCAGUUUUUAUUUUCACAUUUCUUUGGUAGCAAUAUUUGGAUUUUUGCUCAAUUUCUCAACAAAUUUAUGUGCAAUGAAAAAUUCACCUUUUUCUAUAGCUAUAACUCAUAAUCUAAAGGAUAUAUUCUCAUCUGUUUUUUCAAUUAUCAUGUUUGAUGAUACAAUAAUUACCAUUGCUUUAGUUGGAGGUUAUAUUAUUUCAUUGAUUGGAAGUGUGAUCUAUACCCAUUCAAAGAUUGAAAGUAACAAUAACAAUGGAAACAAUAGGAUUAUGUAUUAUUAACAAUCAUUUAUGUAUUCUCUUAACUCAAUGCUUAAUGAAUCUAAAUACAAGAAUUCACAAUAAAUAUAUUUUUAAAAGAGUGUAGAACAAUAUAAGGAAGAAGAUCUUGAGUUAAAUAUUAAAUCGCUAAAUUAUACUUAAGAAAAAAAAACUAAUAUUCCGCUUAAAACACUUCCUUUGUAUAAGAGUUUAUCUAAAAAUAUUAAACAAACUUCUAAAUAAGAUUGA